AUGGUAAAAAAAUCAACUUUAAUAUUGCUGUGCUGUAUUGGAUUUUGUAUUGCCGUGUCUAGUGCUCGAAGAAUUUAUUACGAAGAUUUGGAAACAUCAGCAUCAGAACAUCACGAGGAAUGGAAGAAGGGACACGGUGAAGAUCAUCAUCAAGAACACCAUGGUAAAAAAGGAGAAAAGGAGAGUAAAGAUCACAAGAGUCAUCAUGAGCAUUAUAAGGGUGAAAAAGGCCAUCAUGAUAAAGAACAGAAAAAAGGACAUCAUGAAGAUGAAAGUGGAUUCGAGAAGAAACAUCACAAUGAUGGAUAUUAUGACAAAAAACAUAAAAAAGGUGAAAAACAUGAAAAAGGGUACGACUUCGAAGAUCAUCACAAAUAUAAGAAAGGCCACCAUAUAAAAGGAAAACAUGGUAUUCAUAAAUUAGAUGAAGGUAAAAAAGAAAAACAUUUCUAUGAUGAAGAUCAUGAUGAAGGACAUAAAGUCGAUUAUGGACACUGGGAUGAACAAAAAGCACAUAAAAAAGGUGGUCAUCAUAAAAAAGGUCAUCAUCAUGAAGGUCAUCAUCAUGAUCAUCAUGGUAAAAAAGGUCAUGAGAAGAAAGGUGGUCACCACCACCAUCAUGAAGGACAUAAAGGUGAAAAAGAACAUAAAGAUCACUGGGAACAUGACGAACAUCAUCACAAAAAAGGUGGCGAUCAUCAUCAUAAAAAAUGGCACAAUGAAAAAGGGCACCAUUGA